AGAAUCAAAUAUACAAUAAAUGCUUAUAUAUAAAUUAAAAUAUGCUGAAUUUAAAUUAGGUAAUUCGUUUGCUUCAAUUUCCAAGCACACCUGUUGUUAUUUUCAAGGCUAACUUGCCACUCCCAAUAUGGCGCAUGCGCCGGCGUAACUUCCCAACUCGCGUCUGCUCUUCAAACAUCUACGGCACCACAGACGCGCCCUGCUUUACGUGCUUGGUUUUGUCGUGCGACUGACAGGCUCUCGCAGCCAAUCAGCUGCUUUCACCCACAGAAGGCGGGGCUUCUAUUACAGUACAGUUUAUCCAACAUGGCGGUGACGUCGUUCGCCUGAUAAAGCGUUCCUAAGUUCCGUCAGUUGUAAGUGGAGACUGCUGUAACAAGAGAGCGUACAUUUAGGCACAUCACCGAAAUUGGAGUGGCUGCCGUUUGCGUCUGGAAAUGAAAGGGAAGGAGCGAUCGCCGGUGAAAAAACGCAGCCGCGGGUCCGACGACGGCAGAGACCGAGGAGGAAGCUACCCGAGCAGCAAGAAGUCCGCAGCCCUCUCUGCCAGCAACGGCUCCGCGCAGAGCGGCGCGUCCUCCAGGAGAUCUUUGCCCGGCGACAAGCGAGACUCGGACGGCCACAGCUCGUCCAGCCGGGCCGGUAGCGGCUACGACUACGGCGCUUCGUCGGGGAACAAGGACACCGCGGCGGAGGCGUCCAGCAGGCCCGGCGCCCGCAGCGAGCCGCGGCCUACGUCGGCCCCAGGAAGUGAGUACAAGUCUCUGAAAAUCAGCGAGCUGGGCUCGGAGCUGAACGACGAGGAGAUCGAGGACGGCCUCUUCCACGAGUUCAAGAAGUUCGGCGACGUGAGCGUGAAGAUAGGCCGCGAGAACCACGAGCGGGUGGCGUUCGUGAACUUUCGGAGGCCCGAAGACGCCCGCGCGGCCAAGCACGCCCGCGGGAAGCUGGUGCUGUACGACAGGCCGCUGAAGAUAGAGACCGUGUACCUGAGCAAGCGCAAGAGCCGCUCCCCGGUGGGCAAGGACGGCUUCUCCGCCGGACACAGACCCCUCCACCCCCACAGGACCCAGUCUCCCCCGGUCCAGGCGUACAGGGACUACCGGCUGCAGCAGCUGGCUAUGGGGCGCCUCCCCGCGCCUCCUCCCCUUCCCCUGCCUCCUCACCUCAGGGAGCUGGAAAGAGACAGAGACGUGCCGCUGUACGAGGCCCCCCGCUGCAGGCCCCCGUUCAUCCCCCCCGAGUGCUCCGUGUUCCGCGACGAGGAGCUGCUGAGCCCCGAGGACGAGCAGCGGGCCAACAGGACGUUGUUUCUGGGCAACCUGGAGGCCGGGCUGACGGAGAGCGAGGUCCGGAGGGCCUUCGAGCGGUUCGGGCCCAUCACAGAGGUGGACAUAAAGCGCGCCGUCAGGGGCCAGAGCACCACCUUCGGCUUCAUCAAGUUCGAGAACCUGGACAUGGCCCACCGAGCCAAGGUGGCCAUGUCCGGCAAGAUGGUGGGCCACAGCUCGGUGAAGAUCGGAUACGGGAAGCCCAAGCCCACGGCCAGGCUGUGGGUGGGGGGUCUGGGCCCCUGGGUCCCGCCGGCGGCGCUGGCCAAAGAGUUCGACCGCUUCGGCACCAUCAGGACUAUACACUACAGGAAGGGGGACUCGUGGGCUUACAUCCAGUACGAAAGCCUGGACGCCGCCCACGCCGCGUGGACCCACAUGAGGGGCUUCCCCCUCGGCGGCCCCGGCAGACGACUCAGGGUGGACUUUGCCGAGUCUGAGGCCCGCUACCCCCAGCAGCAGUUCAUGCAGCUUCCUCUGCCCGUGCCCCACUUCGACCUGGAGCCCUUCUCUCACCGCCUGGCCGAGCCCGUGCGAGUGAGAGACCACACCCCGCCGCUCCCCGGGCGCUUCCGGGACCCCUGUUCGUCGGCCGAGUGGGCGGGCCUGAGCGCCCACGACAGGAUGAGGGGGUUCAACCCGGUCGACCACCUGGACCGACGCCCCCGGGAGGCCUGGUCCGUGGAGCGGGAGCUGCAGGGCCGAGACCUCAAACGGAGACAUUUGGGCGACGGCUGGAGGGCGGAGCGCUCCUCGCCCGACAACGGCGACUUUGGCCCGCGGCGUCACGGCGGCUCGCUGGAGCGCAGCCCCGGGGGGAGCAGCCGGGACGGGGGCCGCUACAGCGACCCCGAGCGCCUGCCCCGCUCCGGCAGACCCAGCCCGGCCAGAGAGCGGCAGAACAACCACGCCGCCGUGGGCUUCGGCGAGAAGAGGAAGCGGACGCGUAGCCCCUCGCAGCCGGGCGCCGCCGCCGCCGCCGAGAGGGAGAGCAAGCGGAGGGCCGGAGACGCGUCCAAGAGCCCGGCGAAGAAGGACCAGCGCCCGGACAACCCAGCCAAGCCCUCGCCGUCCAAGUCCGGCGCCGACGGGCCGAAGCUGAGCCAGGCGUGGGAGGGCGUCCUCCUGCUGAAGAACAGCAGCUUCCCGGCGGCGCUGCACCUGCUGGACGGGGACAUGGCGAUGGCCGCCGGCCUGCUGGUGGAGGGCCCCACCGGCGGGAAGGUGUCCCAGCUGAAGAUCAGCCAGCGCCUGCGCCUGGACCGGCCCAAGCUGGACGAGGUGGGCCGCCGCAUCAAGGCCGCGGGGCCCGGCGGGCACGCCGUCCUGCUGGCGGUGCCGGGGCGGCCCGAGGACGCCGGCAGCCCCGCCGAGCGGCCGCUGAAGAACCUGGUGUCCUACCUCAAGCAGAAGGAGGCGGCGGGGAUCGUCAGCCUCCCCGUCGGGGGCGGCCGCGACAAGGAGCACAGCGGCGUGCUGCACGCGUUCCCGCCGUGCGAGUUCUCGCAGCGGUUCGUGGACGCCUCGGCCAAAGCCUUCGCCAAAUCGGAGGAAGACUACCUGGUGAUCGUCAUCAUUAAAGGAGCCUCGUGAAGAAAAAGUCCCAACAGACGUUUGUUGUUGUUGUUGUUGUUGUUGUUCACCCGUCUGUCCAGGUGUGAGGGUCUGACUAAACGGCGUAGGCCCAGUGUGAUCUGUGGGGGGGGGGGGCUUCAUGCUGUGAAAGGUUUAUUAAGAAGAAAUCUGAGCUAAAGAUAAAGAUUAUUAUAUUACGGUAAACGGAUGGACUUCACUCAGAUUACGUUCUGCUGAUUAC